GGUUCGGAGUUCGCAAAGAACGCUAGCAGCAGCAGCAGCAGCAGCAGCAGCAGCAGCAACAGGACGGUAGCAGGAGAUCUUCUUCCAGUGUUUGCGGGUGCGCGGUGUGCGCGUAAGACCGGUUCAAAAUUUACAACAUCGCACGGCUCGUCAACCUAGACCAGCCCAGUCGACCAAUGGGCGUAUCGGACGAGGGUAAGCUGCUGGAGGACAUACCGCAGGAGGCCCGGCCACCGCAGGGUAGCCCGCUCGAGCGCAGUGCCAGCAGCACCGGCCAUCUGAUGGGUAGCAGCGGGGGCGACCCGAACAGUCCACACUCCGAUCCGCACAGUGACGAUGGGGGUGAUGAUUUUGCGCCCAAGCGGAAACAGCGGCGGUACCGGACCACCUUCACCAGCUUCCAGCUCGAGGAGCUCGAGAAAGCGUUCUCGCGCACACACUAUCCGGACGUCUUUACGAGGGAAGAGCUAGCGAUGAAAAUAGGGCUCACCGAGGCACGGAUACAGGUUUGGUUCCAGAAUCGGCGAGCGAAAUGGCGCAAACAGGAGAAGGUCGGACCGCAGGGACAUCCGUACAAUCCGUACCUGUCCGGGGCGGCCCAGGGCGUACCGUCGGCAACCGUGGUCGCUCCCUCCCUCCCACCGAACCCCUUCAGCCAUCUUGGCUUCAACCUCCGGAAACCGUUCGAUGCGGCGAGUUUGGCCGCGUUCCGCUAUCCAUCGCUCGGUGCAACGCACAUGCUACCGUCGGCGUACUUUAACCAGUUCCACCGUACCUCACCGUUUUCGUCUUUCGUCGACGAAUUUUGCAGAGCACCGCCACCGCCGUUGCUGCCACCGGGCGUUGGACCACUGUACGCACCGUCCACCUCCUUCCAGACGCUGCUGGCCAACAUAUCGGCCGCUCAGCGUCACGCACCACCCCCCGGACCACCGCCCGGCGCACUACCAUCGAAACCAUCGCCAAUCGGAGCGUCGGAUUAUCUUGGGGUAGCGCCGCAGUUGCCACCACCACCACCGGGGCAGCCGGCCAGCGGUGGUGGUGGUGGUCCAGGAGGUGUACCACCAGCAUCACCACCCAUCUCACCGACCGCCCUACCACCAGUGCCCGGUGUUCAGCCACAUCCCGGACUGUCCGGACCGCCGGUCGGAUCAUCGUCACCACCGCAAGCCGCCGAUCGUCGUAGUUCUUCCAUCGCUGCGUUGCGUUUGAAGGCACGGGAACAUGAGUUGCGCCUUGAGAUGAUGCGUCAGAAUGGCCACAGUGAUAUCCUUAGCUAAGUCAAUGCGGGGCCGGACCCUUUUCCUUCCUUAGUGGGCCAGAGAGCCCUUCGUUCGUGAAGCAAUAGUGUGUCGGCAAAGGAACGAUCCAUCCGGUUAUAAACGAUUCGAUAAGCUACUCUCCCUAUCGAUCGCCACUCUUUCUCUCUCUCUCUCUCUUCUGUUUCUCGUGUUUUGAUUCAUAUUUCUGUGGUUAUAAUUAUUAAUCCACCACCACCACUGACCACCAACCACCGGCCAUCAAAAUCCUUUGUGGUGUUGCUGCUUGGCCACCGUGGAAGUGAAUUGGAUCCCCUCGCUCUCUCCUUCCCUCUCUUUUCCCUCUUUUCACAAACCGAAAACGGUCUGCGUGUCGUCGGGCCGUCGUAGCGUGUCUGCCGGAGCGUCGCCCCGUGAAAAGGUCAGCAAAUGUUGGUCAAAUUGCCGUGAAUUGCAUCAUGCAACGUCGUCCACUCGACACGUUCCACUCCCCCCGGACUGGCUGGUCCGCUGGCUGGCGCCGACUAAUCAAAAGAAUCGAGAAGUCGGGAAUGAAUGAAAUCCUAGAUGGUCGUCGCCGUCGCCUUAAUCAAAACCACUUACCGUCGCCCUUAUUUGUGCCGUGAUGUGCCGCUCAUCAUUAUGGCAUCCCCUGGCGUACCUGGUGAUUACACCCAUUAUCACCAUGCGAUGCAUGCGAGAAUGGCCUGCAAGGCAUUCAGGGGGGGGGGGGGGUGCAGCAGCGACGGCAGCGCAAGGCGUUGAUCGACAAAUGAUUUCCCUGCCAAAAACGCGAGGAAACCCCGUCUCGGAGUAUCGCUUCGGGGGGAAAUAUGGCUCCCGGUUUUCCGCAUUGAUGAGCGAUCUAGCGGCGGCGGUCGAAGCUGACGAGCUGACGAGGACUACCGACGACCGGAGCCCAGCGGCGGUCUCGGGCUUCCGGUAGCCCAGCAUUUAUCCAGUCCAGUCCUCGGACAGGCUCUAAUUAGUGGCCAACCGACCAGCGGACCAUCCUAAUGCUGACGGUGUUUGUGAGAGCAGAGGGAGAGAGAGAGAGAGAGAAAAAGAGAGUGCGAGAGAGAGAGAGAGAGAGAGAGAGAGAGAGGGACCCAGGAAGAGAGCAUUUUGAAUGCUGGAGGCAACUCUACAAAAAAUGUGUAUCAUAUCACAGCGCGUCUUAUGCAGAACUAGAAUAAGUAAAUGAAAGACACAAACACAAAUACGUCCCCCGUAGGUGAUGAAGAUCGCAAGGAAGAACGUUAGAAAUAGUAGUAGCAAUAACAGUGUAACGCAAACUCUAAUUCAACUCCACGUGUUAGGGAGAGAGCGAUACUUUUGUAAAAAGAUUCGGUUUAUUAUUUGUUAUAAAAAGCGAAGGAAUGCGAUGCGGUUCCACAAAUCCACUUCCACAAAACUACGAGUGAGUCUUGCGCGUGAGUCGUUCCUCUAUCAAUAAACCUACCCCUUAUCAGUUUAGUAAAAAGAGGGGGAGGGAGAGAGAGAGGAAGAGAGUGUGCGUGAAACGUAAAGCAGGACGAGGCAGAUAGAGCAACCUAUAAUUUAGUGAGCAAUGUAUACGGAUUCCAAGAGUGAAAUCGAUAUUUCUGCAGCAGAAAUAAGCAGCUACUUAAAGUAUCGAUCGUGUUUCGUGUGUAUAAAGCGUGUGUGCGUGCGUGCGUGCGUGCGUGCGUGUGUAAAGGAGCCUUCUGGCGGUUCGAGGUCGAGCCUUAGGUUAAAGAAAUACCCCUAUAAGUUGUUUUUGAUUGCUGACAAAAUAAAAUUAUUUAAAGAACGCACAAGUGCAAACCAGCCCCGUA